AUGGCCAGCUGUCUAGGGCUAGGCGUAUUGCUUCUUGCAAGUGAGGAAGUGGCGAUUAGAAUAAGGGAUGAAGACUUUUUGAUGGCACAGGUCGAUGGUCUUAUUACAUAUAUUCGAUCUGCCAGGCCAGGCACCCUUUCAGUCUUUCGCUCUAUUGAGGUUGAAACCAGAAGGCUGAUGUUUGGUGAUGUGUGCAAUGAGCUGAUUGACGCGGCCCACGAUGAUGACGGCGGGCCUUUGAGCGAGCUUAGCAUCUACAAGGCAAGAAGUGAGGACGAGAUUGCAAUUCUCAACCAGACAACUGGCAAUGAGUGGCGAGUAACACGGACAGAAGAGGUUGCGAAAGAGGUUGCGGCAGGGUUCUUUUUUUAG